GACUUGUCAUUCAGCAUCUUUUAUUCCAAGACAUCGCUACAGAACAAGUAAACAAGUCACAAUGUCUUACCCAAUGACCACCCAGCCCCAGGCAAUGCAGGGCUACACUACCAGUAACACCCAAUGGAACUCCGAUGUUAUGGACUGCUGUGAAGACAUGGGCAUCUGCCUUUGCGGAGCAUUUGUCCCAUGCAUUUUGGCGUGCAGAGUAGCCUCAGACUACGGGGAGUGCUGCUGUUUGCCGUUUGUCGGCGGUGCCAUUCUGGCCAUGCGCACUGGCAUAAGGGAACGAUACCACAUUGAGGGAAGUAUCUGCAAUGACUGCGUAUGCCUCACAUUCUGCGGACAGUGCACUCUCUGUCAGAUGGCGCGUGAGCUGAAGGCCAGGAAGUGAUGAAGCUUUAGCACGAUGGUGUCAUGGUGGCCAUCUAUGGACUGUUUUGACCAUUUAAGGGAAGCUGAAAAACAACACUCUGAGAUCUUAUCGAAGGGGGAGAGGUUACCACAUCUGUCACCACUGACCCCCCUUCCCCAUCGACAUCUGGCAACACUUUCAGAAGA